AUGGAGAGACGGGGCCGACCUCCUCCUCCUCCUCCUCCUCCUCCUUCUUCUCCCCCGGCCCCAGCCAUCGAGUUCCCCGAAGACGAGGGGACGGAGCCGCAAUACGAUGAAUCCGAUUUGCCUACAGAGUUCCGGGUGGUGAACGGUUCUAAAAAGUUCCUGAAUUUCACAUCCUCUGUUGCCAACCAGCUUCUGCUUGUCUCCGUGCUCGAACAUCUUUGCCAUGUGUACGCACAAGACCCUACGCGCUCCAGGCGUUUGUUUCAAUUGCUGUGCAAGACGUUUACUCGAAUGGGCUUGCUUUCCUCUUUCGCCUCCUGCGAUGAAUUCAGCAGCUUGAGGCUGCAGCACAAUCGGGCCAUUACUCAGUUAAUGAAGGCAGCCAAUCAGCAAAUACUCAUUGGGGAGUUUGGCAGCGGCGAUCCCCAAACAAACAGCAGUGAAAAAGAAGUUCUCUUUGAAGCACAAACAUCUCGGUACAUCAAUGAAUUUGACGAGAUUUCAAGGCUAGGAAAAGGAGGGUACGGGACAGUGUACAAGGUCAGGAACAAGCUGGAUGGUCAGUUCUACGCAAUUAAAAAAAUCCUUAUUAAGAAGGCAACCAAAACCGAUUGCAUGAAGGUGCUACGAGAAGUUAAGGUCUUGGCUGAGCUGCAGCACCUGAAUAUUGUGGGGUAUCACACUGCUUGGAUGGAACACGUUCAGCCAGGCGGCCUCAAAGCUGAGAGAACCUUGGAGUGGCCAUCGCUGAAAAUGACUUCUGAACCAGGAAGUACUAAAGAUCAUUGCAGUGUUGAAGAGAUGGAAGAGAGCAGUUCUAUCAUCUUUGCUGACCCUGACGAUUCCGUCGGUCGGGAUGAAGAAGGGAGUAAAACGAAUGCGCGGGAAGUCUCUGCCGACUCCUACGACAGCAGCAGUACCAGUGGGGCUGCCAGUAGAUUGCUUUGUGUGGACCAUCCUCCAUCUGCACUCCCUCGCUACCCUCGAGGUAGAAAUGGAGUUGGUGCAAGCCAAGAAGAAUUUUCCCAGAUGGAUCUGUCUUUGCAAGGGCAAUGCGAGAUGGAAUACCACCUGAUGCUUCACAUACAGAUGCAACUGUGUCAAACCUCCUUGUGCGACUGGAUUGCUGACAGAAACAAAAGGUGCCUGAGAACAGAGACUUCUGAUCCUUAUCAGCACGUGGACGUUAACUGGACACUGAAAAUCUUCCAAGAGCUGCUAGAAGGAGUGUAUUAUAUCCACAGCAUGGGAAUCCUUCACCGGGACAUUAAACCCAGAAAUAUCUUUCUCCAUGGACCUGACCACCAUGUGAAAAUAGGAGAUUUUGGGCUAGCCUGUAAAGAUAUUAUCCAGAAGGAGACACGCCCCUCGCAAAAUGCGAAGGAGAUGACAGGCCUAAUACAUACUUCUGGAGUGGGUACUUGCUUAUACGCAUCACCUGAGCAACUGCAAGGCAGUCAAUAUGACUUCAAGUCAGACAUGUACAGCGUCGGUGUGAUCCUGCUAGAACUCUUCCAGCCUUUCGGGACACAAAUGGAACGCACUGAAGUUUUGAUGGGUUUGAGGAAUGGUCACAUCCCUGUCUCUUUCAGCGGAAAAUGGCCAGUACAGGCCAAAUACGUUAAGCUGUUAACCAGUAAAGUAUCCUCUCAGAGACCAACUGCUGGUCAACUUCUUGAAAGUGAAGUCUUCCACAAUACAGCGAACGUUAUUUGUAGUUUACAGCAGAAGGUGAUGCAGCAGGAGGAAGAAAUCAGAUUACUGAGGGAGAAAGUGAAGCUGCUUUUACAGGAAAGAGAAGAGAGAGACAGAAUCAAGAACCCCGGCUCUCCUGUUUAG